AUGUCAAGCAGACUCCACAAGACCUACUUUUUCGUGGAAUUGGAACAAUUAACUGGCUGUAAAUAUUCACAAAUAAAAAUACUCAAAAGCAAUAGCGAAAGAGCAACGGUACUACAAUGUCUCUCGGAAGUUGUUGGGGAUGAGGCUAAUCAAAAUGUUUCUGACUACGAGAAGAAUAAUAACAAUAAUAUUCGCAAUAUUGUUGUUCGGGUGGUAAGGAGGGUUGAUGAAGAGGAGGAACCAGAACAAUACGAAGUUUUGGAGAGGGAGAGGAAUGCUGCUCGGGUUGUAUCUUUAUUGAAUCAUCAUCAUAUUGUUGAAAUUUUGGGAUUUUAUGAAGGAGACAGUUAUGUGUAUACAUUGAUGCCGUUUUAUGAAAUUGGAGAUUUGCAACAACUCUCUAAAAAGACAAAUUUAUCCGAAAACACAAUUGCAUUAUUGACUUACCAGCUUUCUAAAGCUCUCCGAGCAUUACAUGCAGAUCAAAAUUCGAAAGUAGUGCAUAGAGAUAUUGAAUUGGAUAAUAUAUUUGUUGAAGAAUAUGAUGAAAAAACUGGUAAUGUGAAAAUUAGAUUAGCAGAUUUUGAAAUGUGCGAAGUUGUGGAUAGUAGUAGAAUUACUUGUACAAAUAUUGGCAGAUUACAUAACAAUCCUCCCACUAAUGAAGUUGGAUCAUCUUUGGAUAUUUGGUGUCUUGGUGUAAUCAUUUACAGACUUUUAUCUGAAGAUAAGACAACUGAUUUCCAUAGAGAUUUCAAGACUCAACCAGAAAUUGAUAAAUUCAUCUUGAAAGCUUUCAAUAAGAAAUUACCCAAUUCAGACCUAAAAUGGGCUAUAAUAGCUUGUCUACAAAUUGACAAACAAAAGAGAAUUAGUUCUAGAAUUUUGAUGGAAUACUUGUUAAGAAUAAUUCUUGUUGAAGACAAGUUUGAUGAAUCUACUAAUCCCAAUCUAGUAGCUAUGAAAUUAAUUUAUUGA